CAUAAAUACCCACAGCUGCCCUCUGCCGUCCGCUCUUUCGCCCCAGAUUAGAAGGACUCUGGCUUUCAGUCGUUUUUAAUUUUUCCAGUAAAGUCUUGCUUAAAGAAACCGCAAACAUGAGCAGGAAAUUCUUUGUCGGUGGCAACUGGAAAAUGAAUGGCGACAAGAAAAGCCUCGGGGAGCUCAUCCAGACCCUGAACGCAGGCAAAGUGGACCCCAAUGUCGAGGUGGUGUGUGGUGCCCCAUCCAUAUAUCUGGACUUCGCCAGGUCUAAACUGGAUGCCAAGUUCGGUGUGGCAGCUCAGAACUGCUACAAAGUUCCCAAGGGUGCCUUCACUGGGGAGAUCAGCCCUGCGAUGAUUAAGGACUGCGGUGUGAACUGGGUUAUCCUGGGACACUCCGAGAGGCGCCACGUCUUUGGAGAGAGCGACGAGCUGAUUGGUCAGAAGACCGCUCAUGCUCUGGAGAGUGGUCUCUGCGUGAUCGCCUGCAUCGGCGAGAAGCUGGACGAGAGGGAGGGAGGCAUCACUGAGAAGGUGGUUUUUGCCCAGACUAAAGUCAUCGCAGACAACGUAAAGGACUGGAGCAAGGUUGUGCUUGCUUAUGAGCCGGUGUGGGCCAUUGGCACCGGCAAGACUGCGUCUCCACAGCAGGCUCAGGAAGUUCAUGAGAAACUGAGAGCGUGGUUGAAGACCAACGUGUCUGAGGCUGUAGCCAAUUCUGUAAGGAUCAUCUAUGGAGGUUCAGUAACUGGUGGCACCUGUAAAGAACUCGCCUCCCAGAAGGAUGUCGAUGGUUUCCUUGUGGGUGGAGCCUCUCUCAAGCCAGAAUUCAUUGACAUCAUCAAUGCCAAGGCAUAAAGACCCAACCAGAUCAGGUCCCUCAACUCGCAGUACUUUUCCCCCUGCUCUGUUUAAACCAUUUGUGUAUUGUUGUCAUUCCCUUGUUUUUUUUUUUCUUCCUUUUUAUCUUUUGGUACAUUUUUCCAUAAAGAAAAAAGGGACAGGCUGACACAUGCACUGUUGCUGCACUGAUGAGUCUACUGAGAACAGCCCGGGUGCAAACUUAACUUCCACACAAAGUGCUCAAGCUGUAAAGGCUGACUACCAGAUGUGGACGUGCAGUCCUCCGCCUUUACUUGAAAGGUUUACGAACUUCUUUAAUUGUUGUUCUUUUUUUUUUUUUAACGGUGCCUCAGCUCUCGUUACAUUUCUUUGUCUUUAUUCUGGUGUCUCUUUGUGUGAUUGUGAAGAUCUGUGGCUUUUUCCCUUGAUGUAGACGUGCACGAUCCAACUUUGUUCACUCGUUAUGCCGAUAUCACGUGUUGGAUGUAUUGUGUCAUGACCUACGGGUAGAAAAGAAAAUUAUAAGAAAAUAUUCUAAUAAAUGGUUUAGAGGAUA